AUGGGAGUGGGAGGAUAUGGGCCUGUUCUUUCUCAACUGGUUUUUAACUCGUCUGCUGGGGUUAUGUAUAUACUCAUCAAAGCUGCAUUGGAGCAUGGCAUGAAUCGCUAUGUGUUCGUAACUUACAGACAGGCUGCGGCCACUCUCGCCAUUGUCCCACUUGCUUUCUUCCUGGACAGGAUCACACUAGAACAGAUUCUGUAUUUCUCAGGCAUUGAUUACACCACUUCAACUUAUGCUGCCACCACAACGAAUCUCAUCCCUGCAAUCGCCUUUGUCAUGGCUUGUGUCCUGAGAUUGGAGCGUGCAAAUAUCAAGAGCCCUAGGGGUCAAGCAAAGGUCAUUGGCACCAUUAUAUGCGUAGGAGGUGCCAUGAUCAUGACAUUCAUCAAGGGUCCUACUGUUGAAUUCUUUCACUAUCUCAAGACGUCAAAAUCUCUUUCUGAUAUUUUGGGAGCAAAAUCACUCAUUGAUACCAAAAAAAACUUAACCUUGGGCAUAAUUUUGCUCAUAAUAAGUGUUACUUCUUAUUCUGCAUGGAUAAGUUACCAGGCCUGGGUUUUCAAGGAUUGCCCUGCUCAGCUCUCCUUGACUGCACUCAUGUUGCUCGGUGUUUUCUGCUCGGCGAUAGCAUUCUUUAUUCAAAGCUGGUGUAUCAAGAAGAGAGGCCCCAUCUUUGCAGCUGCUUUCUUCCCUUUAAGCUCGGUCAUAACUGCUAUUUUGGAGCCUAUCUUUCUCCAUGUUGAUCUCCAUGUCGGGAGUGCUGUAGGAAUGAUUGUGAUAAUUGUUGGGCUUUAUGCUGUUCUGUGGGGAAAAGCCAAAGAUAGGAAAGGCAGCAUCAAUAUAUUGCCCCAAGAUGAGUUGAGUUCUUUUUCAGUAGGGAAGGAGGGAGGGGAGAGAGAAUCUUACUUUGUGUAG